AUGGCGCAAACGAUCGGGCCGGCGGCCCUUCCUGGGAUGCAUGGCAGUCUUCAUGUAGGGGGUGUCGUGCAACAGCAGUCGCAGCUAUGGACGCCUUCCUUGCAACAACGGCCGGGCAAGGCCGCAGCCGCCGGCAACGGGAAGGGCUUGUCACGUAACAGUGCUGCCUCUUAUAGGCCCAAACAUACUGUCCAACCGCGAUGGCUUCCAUGUGGUCCAGGCCUAGGCAGCCGCCUCGUCCUAUGUGACGCUCAUAGUUCCAUCCCGGAGCCGGCCGGGCUGUUCAACCCCGAGAACGACCGGGAUGCUUGCGGUGUGGGGUUCGUUGGCGAACUCUCUAAGCAGCCAUCUCGCAAAUGCAUCAAGGAUGCUCUUAUGAUGCUUCAACGCAUGACACACCGCGGUGCUUGCGGGUGUGAGGCCAACACGGGUGACGGAGCUGGCAUCCUGGUGGGCAUGCCAGACGGAUUUUUUCAAGCCGUCCUUAUGGAGGAGCAGGGCCUGAAGCUCCCGCCGUUGGGCGCCUAUGCAGUUGGCCAAAUGUUCCUUCCGCGCGACGAGCCGUCGCGGCAGAAGGUCAAGGAUAUUGUUGAAUCGGUGGCCAUUAAGCUCGGACAUGUGUCCCUAACCUGGCGCUCAGUUCCCACCAACAAUCGGGCGCUAGGCCGUUCGGCGCUUAAUACCGAGCCAGUGAUUGAACAAUGGUUCAUCACAAGCACGGGGAACCACGCAGCACUGGAGAUCGAACAGCAGAUGUUUAUCCUGCGCAAGCUGAUUGAGUACAACCUGCGAUCUGAGGGGAUCCGCGAUGAUGAUGCGUAUUUCUGUUCGCUGUCGUCCAAGACAAUUGUCUACAAAGGGCAGCUCACACCCGAGCAGGUCCGUGUGUACUUCAAGGACCUUCAGCGCGAGGACUUCCGCUCCUACAUGGCCCUGGUGCACUCGCGCUUCUCCACAAACACCUUUCCCAGUUGGGCGCGCGCCCAGCCUAUGCGGCUGCUUGGCCACAACGGAGAAAUUAACACGUUGCGGGGUAAUGCCAACUGGAUGCGCGCGAGGGAGGGUGUCAUGGCCUGUCUGGAGCUGGGGCUGCCCAAAGAGGUGGUGGAGCAGCUGGAGCCCAUCAUUCCCGCCACCAGCAGUGACAGCGGAGCUUUCGACUCCGUGUUGGAGCUGCUAACCCGAGCAGCUGGCCGCGACAUGCCCGAGGCUAUGAUGAUGCUGAUUCCGGAGGCCUGGCAGAAUGACCCGCUGAUGUCCAAGGAGAAGAAAUCCUUUUACCGCUACCACAGCGCCAUCAUGGAGCCCUGGGACGGCCCCGCGCUGGUGUCGUUCACGGACGGGCGCUACCUGGGCGCCACCCUAGACCGCAACGGCCUGCGCCCCGGUCGCUACUACGUGACCAGUGGGGGCCGCGUGAUCAUGGCAAGCGAGGUUGGCGUGGUGGACGUGCACCCGUCCGAGGUUGUUCGCAAGGGACGCCUCAUGCCUGGCAACAUCCUGCUUGUGGACUUUGACGAGCACCGCCUGGUGGAGGACAAGGAGCUGAAGGAGCGGUACGCAAACCGCAGGCCGUACGCACGCUGGUUGGAGGAGUACUCGCUCACGCUGCAGCAGCUGACGGCUUCGGUUCCUCCGGACGCGCGCGUACCUCUCCCUCUGCCUGGAGCCCGCGCGCUUGCCUCCCCCGGAACAAAUGGCAACGGCAACGGCGUGCACAAGGCGGCCGCCUCCAACAUUGUGUCUUUUACGCACGCCAGUACCAACAACGGCACUGCAGCCGGCGCAGCCUUUGUGUCGGAGCAGGACGCCGGUAUCCAGUCUCUGCUGAAGCCCUUGAAGGUGUUUGGCUAUACCCGGGAGGGUCUGGAGCUGCUGAUGGCCCCGAUGGCCCGCACCGGGGCUGAGCCGCUGGGAUCCAUGGGCAAUGACGCGGCACUGGCAGCCCUGUCGCGUCGUGCCAGACUGCCCUUCGAGUACUUCAAGCAGCUGUUUGCGCAGGUGACGAACCCUGCCAUUGACCCGUUCCGCGAGGCGGUGGUGACAUCGCUGCGUUGCUUCAUCGGUCCCGAGGUGGACGUCACAGCUGAGCCGGGUCCGCAGCACUGCGGUCGCCUGGAGCUGCCCCAGCCGGUUCUCGACGUGGCGGAGAUGGAAGCGCUCAAGAACGUGGACCACCCGGGUGGCUGGCGCACCAAGGUCCUGGACAGCACGUUCCCUGUCGAGGAUGGACCCAUGGGUCUGCGUGCUGCGCUUUCACGGCUGUGCGAGGAGGCUGAGGCGGCAGUAAAGUCCGGCACCUACGCGCUUGUGUGUCUGUCGGACCGCGGCUACGGCCCCACCCGUGCCCCCGUGCCCUCGCUACUGGCUGCCGGCGCCGUACACCACCACCUGGUGCAGCUCAAGCUUCGCAGCAAUGUCGGACUGCUGGUGGAUAGCGGCGAGCCGCGCGAGGUGCACCAGUUUUGUCUGCUUGUUGGCUACGGCGCCGACGCGGUGUGCCCCUACCUAGCGUUUGAGUCGCUGGCGGCGCUGCAGCGCGACGGCAAGCUGCCUGCCAGUUCGACUCUGGAGGAGCUGAAAGCCAAGUUCGUCAAGGGCGUGGGCGUGGGCAUUCUCAAGACCAUGGCCAAGAUGGGCAUCAGCACGCUGCAGAGCUACAAGGGCGCCCAGAUCUUUGAGGCGCUGGGCUUGGCGCCCGAGGUGGUUGACGUGUGCUUCCGCGGCACCCCCACUCGCAUCGGCGGUAGCGGCUGGGCGCAGCUGGGUCGGGACGUCCUGACGCUGCACGCCGACGCCUUUGGCCUGGCCCGGCUGCCCGAGGGCAGUGCGGACGCCAAGGCGCUGCCGCACGCCGGGGACUACCACUGGCGCAACUCCCCGGAUGCGGAGAGGCACAUGAACGACCCGGAGGCCAUUGCAAAGCUGCAGGCUGCCACCGCGGGUAACGACCGUGAGCUCUUCCGCCAGUUCUCGGCUCUGAACACGAGGCUCUCCCGUGCGUGCCACCUGCGCGGCCUGCUCAAGUUCCGCACCGAGUCGGCCACUCCGGUGCCCCUGGAGGAGGUUGAGUCCGCUGCCUCCAUCGUGAAGCGCUUCGUCACGGGUGCCAUGUCGUACGGUUCCAUCAGCUUGGAGACGCACACGACCCUGGCUCUGGCCAUGAACACCAUGGGCGGCAAGAGCAACAGCGGCGAGGGUGGCGAGAACCCCCGGCGCUUGGAGCCCCUCCCUGACGGCACCAAGAACCCCUUCCGGUCCGCAAUCAAGCAGGUAGCCUCUGGCCGGUUCGGCGUGACGGCUUACUACCUGACCAAUGCGGAUGAGCUGCAGAUUAAGAUUUCUCAGGGCGCCAAGCCCGGUGAGGGCGGCGAGCUGCCCGGUGACAAGGUCAAAGGUGACAUUGCCGUGACCCGCGGGUCCACAGCCGGUGUGGGCCUCAUCAGUCCCCCUCCCCACCACGACAUUUACUCCAUUGAGGACCUGGCGCAGCUCAUCUACGACCUGAAGAGCUCCAACCCGGCUGCACGUGUCAGCGUGAAGCUGGUGAGUGAGAAUGGCGUAGGUGUGGUGGCCAGCGGUGUGGUCAAGGGACACGCUGACCACGUGCUCAUCAGCGGCCAUGACGGCGGCACGGGUGCGGCCAAGUGGUCGUCAAUCAAGCACGCGGGUUUACCCUGGGAGCUGGGGCUGGCGGAAGCGCACCAGACGCUCGUGGCCAACGAUUUGCGUGGGCGGACUGUGCUGCAGGUGGACGGCCAGCUCCGUACGGGCCGUGACGUGGCUAUCGCCUGCGCGCUGGGUGCCGAAGAGUUUGGCUUCUCCACGGCUCCGCUCAUCACGUUGGGCUGUAUCAUGAUGCGCAAGUGCCACACCAAUACCUGUCCCGUGGGCAUUGCCACACAGGACCCAGAGUUGCGCGCCAAAUUCGCGGGUGAGCCUGAGCACGUCAUCAACUAUUUCUUCAUGGUGGCUGAGGAGGUCCGAGAGCUGCUUGCCUCGAUGGGGCUCAGGUCCAUGAACGAGCUUGUGGGCCGGGCGGACCUGCUGCAGACGGAUAUGGCAGCUGUUGCCGAGGGCGGUCUUAAGCUUGAGGGCAUCGAUCUGUCCCGGUUGCUGCUGCCGGCGGCCACUCUUCGUCCCGGAGCUUCCCAGCGGUGCAUUCAGAAGCAGGACCACGGUCUGGACGCGGGUCUGGACGUGCACCUGGUGCCGCUGUGCAAGGCAGCGCUGCCGGACGAGCCCAACGGCUCCGCAGAGCCCGUCUACAUCGAGAUGGAGGUCCAGAACACUCACCGCGCCGUGGGUACGACACUGAGCCACGAGGUGACCAAGCGCUUUGGCGACGCGGGUCUGCCGGACGACACCAUCCAUAUCAAGCUGACUGGCCACGCUGGUCAGAGCUUGGGCGCCUGGCUGUGUCGCGGCAUCACCCUCGAGCUGGAGGGCGACGCCAACGACUACGUGGCCAAGGGCCUCAGCGGCGGUGUUGUGGCGGUGUACCCGCCCGCCAACUCCCCGUUCCGCGCGGAGGACAACGUCAUUGCCGGCAAUGUGGCCCUGUACGGCGCCGUACGUGGCGAGUGCUUCAUCCGCGGCAUCGCGGCGGAGCGCUUCUGCGUGCGCAACUCGGGCGCACGUGCCGUGGUGGAGGGCGUGGGUGACCAUGCUUGCGAGUACAUGACGGGCGGUGUGUCGGUGAUCUUGGGGCCCACCGGCAAGAACUUUGGCGCCGGCAUGAGCGGCGGGAUUGCGUAUGUGUACGAUCCCAACGAUAAGUUCAAGUCUCUGUGCAACUCCGACGUGGCGAACGACCUCCUCCCGGUCGAGUCCCCGGAGGACGUGCGAGCGCUCAAGUCGCUCAUCCAGCGCCACCUCAAGUUCACGGGCUCGGACGUGGCUCGGCGCAUCCUGCUCAGCUGGGACCGCUCACGGGCCCAGUUCAAGAAGGUCUUCCCGCACGAGUACCGUCGCGCGCUCGCGGAGGCCGAGGCCCUGGCAAAGGCGGAGUCGGCGGAGGCGGCCCUCCUGGCGGCCGCGGACUCUGCGGGCCUGGCGCCCAAGGACGCGUUUGAGGAGCUGAAGGCGAUGGCAGCCGCGGCAGUCAAGGCCGGCAAGCCCCCUAAGGCACUGACCUUGAACGUUAUUCCCACCGCCGACCCGCAGCAGGACAAGCGCCGCCUGCAGAAGCUGGCGCGGGAGGGUAUGCCUGUAAAGGGCAUCGCUCCGACUUGGGAGGCCAAUCGGCCGACUAUUGUUGCGCCCAAGGCGCCGGCGGCCGGCGCGCCUGCCGUACCGGCGGCGUCGGUCGCUGACAAAGUCCGGGGCUUUGUGUCCUAUGACCGGAAGCCACUGCCGUACCGUCCUGAGGCAGAGCGCAUCAAGGACUGGGACGAGGUGCACGACCACUCUGGCACGGCGGCGCACGCUGCUCUGCUGCACACGCAGUCUGCUCGCUGCAUGGAGUGCGGCACGCCCUUCUGCCACACGUCCUCGACCGGCUGCCCUCUGGGGAACAAGAUCCCUGAGUUCAACGACCUGGUGCACAAGGGUCGCUGGCGCGAGGCACUGGACCGGCUGCUCGAGACGAACAACUUCCCCGAGUUCACUGGGCGUGUGUGCCCGGCGCCCUGCGAGGGUAGCUGCACAUUGGGCAUCAUUGAGCCGCCCGUGUCCAUCAAGAGCAUCGAGGCGACCAUCAUUGAUAAGGCGUUUGAGGAGGGCUGGAUGGUUCCCCGGCCGCCCAAGCUGCGCACGGGUCGCCGUGUGGCGGUGGUGGGCAGCGGACCCGCGGGUCUCGCCGCCGCGGACCAGUUGAACAAGAUGGGACACGAGGUGACGGUGUACGAACGGGCCGAUCGCGCCGGCGGUCUGAUGAUGUACGGCGUGCCCAACAUGAAGGCUGGCAAGGAGGAUGUCGUACAGCGCCGUGUGGAUCUUAUGGCGGCAGAGGGUGUGAAGUUCGUGCUGAAUGCCCACGUGGGCGUCAACGUUGCGCCCCAGGACUUGGUGAGCGGCCACGACGCGGUGGUGCUGGCGGCCGGUGCCACCAAGCCCCGCGACCUGCCUGUCCCUGGUCGCGACUUCUCGGGAGUUCACUUCGCCAUGGACUUCCUGACCGCCAACACCCGCUCGCUGCUGGACAGCGGCCUGCAGGACGGAAAAUACAUCAGCGCCGCGGGCAAGAAGGUUGUGGUGAUUGGCGGUGGCGACACGGGCACGGACUGUAUCGCGACGUCCUUGCGGCACGGGGCGACUUCCAUUGUGAACCUGGAGCUGCUUGACAAGCCGCCGGCCACUCGGGCUAAGAAUAACCCCUGGCCGCAGUGGCCGCGAAUCUUUAGGGUGGACUAUGGCCACGCGGAGGCCUCACACGUGUACGGCGCCGACCCGCGCACAUAUAACGUUAUGACUAAGCGUUUCAUUGGGGACGAGCAGGGCCGCCUGAAGGGUGUCGAGAUUGUCACUGUCAAGAUGGAGAAGGACCCCAAGAGCGGCCAGUUCCGGCCCGUGGAGCAGCCCGGUACGGCUCGUGUACUGGAGGCGGACUUGGUGCUGCUGGCCAUGGGCUUCACCGGGCCGGAAGACAGGCUGGCCACCGCCCUGGGGGUGUCGCAGGAUGAGCGCAGCAACUUCAAGGCCACGUUCGGCGACUUCGCGACGAGCAUCCCUGGAGUGUUCGCGGCGGGUGACUGCCGCAGGGGCCAGUCCCUGGUGGUGUGGGCUAUCCGCGAGGGCCGUGACUCCGCUGCUGCUGUCGACAGGUAUCUGUCAAAGCAGGCGGGCAACGGGCUCCUUGCGCAGCCCCUGGAGCAGUCCUGUGUAGCGGAUGACGGCGAGACAGGCCUCCUCAGUUGCGGCAGGCGGCGUCCUCGCGUUAUCUGGUGAAAUGAAAUCACGGCGGGCGGGGUGUGGCUGAUAUUGUGCAUGCCGUGGUGAACGCCGUCAUUUCCUGUAUGUAUGUAUCCCUUGGGCGUUAGGAACAAAGCCGAGAAACGUUCAAUCCGGCACGAAUUGUACAGCAGGGUUAGCGGAGGACGCGAAUGCUAGGGCAAUAAAAGAGAAUAAAAGAAUGGUAGUCCGUAAAAUGGCGAUCUUUUUUGCUUUCGUGUAUCUUAAAGUGAAACGUUGUGUAGCAUUAUGCUGAGAGGUCUGUGUCCCGAAUACACAUCGGAUGACAACAGUCGGGUCGAAAGUGAACGAGGGGGAAUGAUUGUUAGGGCCGGGGUUGGCAAUGGUCUCGUAUCACCAUUGGACGUCCUUACUGUUGCCGCAAGAUAGCAUCGCAAGGAUGUCUCAGUUCCUUGGUGCGCUAAUUGGGCUUCCGUUUGGGAUGCAGGAGAAAUACUUUCUUGCCUUUGUUUCUUGGUACCUUUUGAUUGUCCUGGGCAGCUGAAGCGGUCUAACUUGAAGUAGCGCCCCUAUUCUGUGUACCUUUGUUCGGGUGGGGUCUGGUUACAUGUCUAUAUUAGGGGAUUGGCGACUGAGCGGUCGGGCCAGGGUGCUUUGGUGAUGUGCUCAGAUAUGCUCCGCAGUGUCGGAGAGGAUUCUAGUUUUUGGUCUUUCGUCGCGAAAGGUUUUUGUCUUCGCGUUUAUCAUGUUCUGUAACGUUGUAGGUAGGUGUCAUCACCACGAGUCUCUACAAGGCGAGGGCAUGACACACUAUAGAGCAAGAUGUUUUUGGUUUUGAUGUUGUGCAGCAGAGUGGCUGAUUUAAACUAUGGUGUGGUAUCAACCCGAUGAUGUUAUCAUAUCAUGCAUGUAUGCCAGAUUGGUAGUGCGAUUCUCUUUAUUUGUACGGCAGAUUUGAUGUAAUUAUAUUAAAAG